CGAAGAAGACGGGGCGGAAGAAUUUUGUCUGAUUGCUCUCUUUCUUGUGGGAAGGGUGUCUGCGAGGCAGACGAGAGAGUGGGGCGAAAAAGGGAGAGGAAGAAACCAAGAAGCCAGCCUACGAGAGAGAGAAACGAAACGAAGAAAAGUCUCGACUCCGGGCGAGUCAAUCCCGUUUUCACCUACGUCUGCUUCGCGCGGAGAGACACAACGCGUGCAAUCUUGUCGCAGCUUGAGUCGACAGCGGCCAAGGCGUCCCCUCUGCAGACGCGCAUCGCGUAAACCUUGGCAAUCUGCUCGUCCUCGCUCUCUCUCUCCUGCCCCUCUUCUUCAAAACCAGGGAGAAAAAUGUCAAGAAAAUUGGAAAACGCUGAAGAAGAUUCGCUUUUACCUCAGCAGACGCACACGCAACCACGCUGGAGAAGCUGUAGACGCAGGCCGAGAGAGGCGCUGCAGCGCGGAACUGCUUGCCUUGGCCACGGCACUGGGAGAAAGAAGUAACCGGUUACCGAGCUUCCGUUUUUUAUUCCUGGAGCCAUCUUCUCUGCAGACUGAGACUGAAACGGGUGUUUUUCUACCGUACUCGGAUUCUCUGGGGUCUGUUAUCUCGCGCCGGGUCUCCUCGGCGAACAGCGAGGUGUCUCUACACCUCGGCGCCGAGCAGCUGAAGAUGUGCGCGCGUUCGCCCGCCCUUCGUGUCUCCACACUGUUCGCUGUUCUCUCUCUUCUUUCGUUGUUUCUCGUUCUGUCCUGGCGUCAACUUCUUCAGUUUCUUCGUCCGAGGAGCAGAUCUCCUACUUGUUUCCACGAUUUCUCUUCUUCCACCCAACCAGUGUCAGCUGUUUCUGCGAGGGAACCGCGGCUAAGGAUACACCUGAGCGGGUGGCGAGACAGGGGCCUUUGCACACGCGGCGGAAAGUCGUCGCACUCCUGGUUUCUCUGUUGGUUGCCGUUUUUUCUGUGAAGACGUUCUCCGGCCCUCUUCUUCUUUUUCCUUCGUCUUCCCGCGGUUCCUGCCUACCUUUUUUCGCGUCUGCAAGUCCCAAGAGUAAAGUUAGAUCUGAGCUCGGCGCCUGCCACGAAAAAUAAACCGCCGCCGUUGGAAAUUCCUCGAGCUUCUCCCAAACAAAAGUCUCGCAGCCUUCGCCCGGACGUUGGAGUCCUGGAGUGUACAUACACCGGCCGGCGGGUCGAGUCCUCGUCUCGGAAACCUGCGGGAGCCUCGCGAGUCGCUGUCCCCGCCGCUCUGCGAGGAAGUUCUUUCUGCAUCUCUUUCCUGACUUUCUCGUUGGUUUCUUCUGCUUUUGUCAACGCCACCAUGACCGCCGCAGUCUCUGCUUCUUCCGUGGAGAAGGCGCCUUCGCCUUUCUCGACAGCAGCCCCUCCCCGAGUCUCCUCAGCCCAGGUGGUUCCCUGGGUCGAGAAAUACCGCCCGCGGCGCGUCGAAGACAUGGCCCACCAGGUGGAGCCUAAGAAAAUGCUCAGACGCAUUCUCGAGACCGGGAACAUGCCUCAUCUGCUUUUCUACGGCCCUCCGGGAACUGGCAAGACGUCGGCUGCUUUGGCUCUCGUUCGCGAAUUGUUUGGCCGCGAGGAAGCGAAGAACAGGCUGUUGGAACUAAAUGCGUCAGACGACAGAGGCAUCAAGGUCGUGAGGGAGAGAAUCAAACAGUACACAAAGACGAACAUUGCAAAGGGGAAAAUCAACCCCGAAACCGGCAGAGAAAUGCCCACCUGGAAGAUUGUCAUUCUCGACGAAGCAGAUAUGAUGACCCAAGACGCCCAGUCUGCAUUACGGCGAAUCAUGGAGGCGUUUUCGCGCACUACGCGUUUCAUCAUCAUCUGCAACUACGUCCACAGAAUCAUCGACCCGAUCUUCUCCCGUUGCUCGCCUCAUCGCUUCGAGCCUGUUGCCCGAGACGCGCAAGAGGCUCGCAUUCGACAUAUCUGCGACAGCGAAGGCCUCGUCGUCACUUCGGGGGCAGUGGACGCGCUUCUGCGCAUUUCUCAGGGAGAUCUGCGACGCGCCGUCACUCUUCUCCAGUCUGCCGCCAGCAUCUACGACGACAAUUUACACGAAGACGCAAUCCUUGAAGUCGCAGGACAACCACCAGCUCGGAUUGUCACAGAUUUCCUUCGAGCCUGUCAAGCCUCUCCGAGUCAGGCCAGCUCCGAGGUGGACAACGUCAUCAGCCAAGGAUGGGAUGUCUGUCUUCUUCUGCAAGAGAUGAUCCGACAGGUCGUUGUUUCUCCCCACCUGAAAGACUUGCAGAAGGCGCGUGUGAUCAACGACAUCGCACAGAAGGAGUUCGCAGUAUUUCAGGGGGCAAGUCCGUACCUCCAGCUGCUCUCUCUUUCGCUGAGAAUUCACGAUUGCCUCGCUGCGCCGUAGAAACCGGAACCACAAGAGAGAGAGGAAGCGGUCUCUUGAACUCUACGAGAAGCGACGCGCGGAAAGAAAGUAGAGAGCGACACGAAGAGGACGGUUUUCCUUUUCUUCUGAAUCAAGGGUGAAGCUGAAGUUCACCUGGAACAAAGAGCAGAGAGGCAUGUGAACGUGUGCUCGCGCUUUUUCGCUGCACAUGAGCAAUGCAGUCAAUCGGAUUCGCAGAAAGAAGGAGAGGGUCAAGAUGGAAAGCAGGGAUACUCUUGGAAAACGUUGUCGGGGACUCCGGACGUUUUUCUCAUUCGUGGGAACUACGAAGCUGGCCUUCUAGCCGACCAUCUUUGGGACAAGAGACCUUGAGUCGGGCGGAAACACAAAGCGCUGCAUGGCAUGAAGCAGUCACCCCGAGAGUCUAGAAAGCGCCCCAGGAAAAGCAUGUGACAAGUCCCGAAGAAAACGUUUUCGUCUCUCUGUGGUCGUCUAAUUUCGGCGCGAAAGUGCAGUGGGACGCAACAGUUUUUUACUUUUUUCGAUUGUUUAACACCAAGCUCUGGAGGUGAACGUCGCCUCGCGACUCUGUUUUCUCCUGUGAAAGCGUCUCCACGCUAGGCAUGCUCCUCCAAAGGGAAAGCCUGAUUCACGUUUCGGAAGGUUUCCUGUUCUGGAAAAGCAAGUUUUGUGGACUCCCGAAGGACUCUUCUUCCUCAUUGUUAGUCUCCUCUGCCGC